GAGCGAACAUUCCCUUUUGGCAGGCGUGAGAGCCCACGCUGAGACGCCUGCGGUGCGAGGGCACCGUCCCGCAAUACCCGCAUCCCACACGCCAUCGAACGCCAGCCAGAGCGUGAGCUGUUGGGCGCGCGCGUCGGGGGGAAGAUGAAUGGGUACCAGUACAAUGGCGGCUACAACGGCGAGAGCAUGGACGCCGGCAACGAUGCGGCGGCGGAGAAUAAUAUGAUGAUGAUGGGCCAGGAGGGCAUGAAUUUCGGCGGCGGCCAAUCGCUGGACGACAUUGUCAACCAGAAUGCCAAAGCCAUGCGACGGCAGAGCCUGCCGCAUCAGUACGGCGGCUCGCAGCAGCCCGUGGACCCCAAUCUCCGCCGCAUCUCUAUGAUGGAGUACGGCAGUGCCUCGCCCGCCAGCUCUAUGGGCAAUUUCCAAUACGACACGGCUGCGCAGCUCGACAUGUCUUCCAUCAUGCCCGGCAACGCGACGAAUGCGGCAGAUCAGCGGCAACAUAAUCCAGAGCAGCGCCGGGAGACUGCAAACAACCUGAACGUAAACACGGCAUUCGCCAAUUCGCAGGCCUACAACAAUCUGAUGUCUGCUGCGUCGUAUCAAUCUCCCGCACAUCCUCAGAGCGCUUACGACGUUUCCAUGGAUAGUCCUUAUCUCGAUACGCGUCUCGGGAUGGGGAUGGAUUACGCAGUCGAUCAAAAUCUGGCUGCUGCUGCUUCAGACGCCGGCAUGCCGCAAAUGAGUCCUUUUGGCCAGGCGCAGUUCAACCAGCCGAUGGCCAACUCUCCCAUGCGGCCCGGCACAGGAUCUCAGGGCACACCGCACUCCUCCAAUGGCCCUACUCCACUUUCAGCUGGCGGCAGCCGCAUGAACACCCAGUACAGUGGUCACGGAUCCACAAGCACCGAUACAGCGCGGCAAUCUUCCCGACACAGCUUGCAGGCUUCCGAUAACACAUCAAACAUGAUGAACCAAGCAGCCUCGUCAUCAAGCCACAGCUACGACGAGCACAGCGGCUUCCCGGCUCAGCCACAACACCCGGAGCCGGGCUCACAACAAGACCGAGGCAUGCAUAAUCGCGGACCGUUGGUCGAUGGUGUCGACGGGCCACAUUCGAUUGAUCCAGCGAAUUACAAUCCAAACAAUCAAGGAUUUAACUGGGAGGUCCGCAAGGGCGGGUGGCCCUCCACCCUCACCGGACGCCCGCACAUGCAAACUUCGUACAAGAAUGCCUACUCGUCCACUGGAUUCGACAUGCUUGGCGUUUUGAUGAGAGUCGCGACUCGGCCGAACCCCGAGAUCAACAUUGGCUCCGUCGACCUUUCCUGCGCCUUCGUGGUGUGUGACGCCGAAAAAGACGACUUCCCCAUUGUAUAUUGCUCCGAGAACUUCGAGCGGCUCACCGGAUACACCAAACACAUGAUUCUCGGACGGAAUUGUCGCUUUCUGCAAUCCCCCGACGGCAAUGUGGCGCCCGGUAUCCGGCGAAAGUACGUCGAUGACGAUUCCGUGCUGUAUCUCAAGAACAUGAUCAGCCUGCGGCGAGAGGCGCAAAUCUCGUUGAUCAACUAUCGCCGCGGCGGACAGCCGUUUAUGAACUUGUUGACGAUGAUUCCGAUCUCAUGGGAAACCGACCAGGUCAAGUUUUUCGUGGGCUUCCAGGUGGAUUUGGUGGAGCAGCCGAAUGCUGUUACCAAUAAGAAUCCAGAUGGCUCAUAUUCCAUCAAUUAUCAGCGCGGCAUGGCAAUGCCUCGUUACGUCGUCACCGCGCCGGACGCGUCUCAGAAAUCGGAGGUGGGGCACACCUUGGGGCAAACCAUCCCGCGCGAGGAUGUCUCUGCAAUUCUGUCGAGCAUCGGCAACGGCGAGUCCGAAUACGCCAAGCGCAUGUGGGACAAGGUGCUGUUGGAGAACACCGACGAUGUGGUGCAUGUCCUCUCCCUCAAGGGCCUGUUUCAAUGGGUCUCUCCCUCCGCCGCACGGGUCCUGGAGUAUGAGCCCAGCGAGCUCAUCGGGACGGCCCUCAGCUCAGUCUGUCAUCCGAGUGACAUUGUUCCGGUGACGCGAGAGCUUAAGGAUACCUCGACCGGCGCAUCGGUCAAUGUCGUCUUCCGGAUACGGAGAAAGAACAACGGGUACAUGUGGUUCGAAGGGCACGGAUCGCUUCACACCGAGCAAGGAAAGGGUCGGAAAUCGAUCAUCCUCGUCGGUCGCGAGCGACCGGUGUACACGCUCAGCAAGUCGGGCAUUGACGAAGCUGGUGGGAUCGGCGAGAACGAGCUGUGGACGAAGAUGUCGACUGCCGGCAUGUUCCUUUACGUCUCUUCGAAUGUGCGGCAGCUGCUCGAUCGCCAACCGGAGGAAUUGAUUGGCAUCAGCAUGCAGUCCCUCAUGCGCGCCGAUUCGAAGCAGGAAUUCGGACGCAUCUUGGAGCACGCACGUACGGGCAAGAAGGCGUCUGUCAAGCACGAGAUGAUCAACCGCAGAGGCCAGGUCAUGUCGGCAUACACCACCCUGUACCCGGGCGAUGCGACAGAAGGGCUCAAGCCGACGUUCAUCGUCGCGCAAACCCGCCUCAUCAAGUUCUCGCGCGGCAUCCCGCCCACUCGACCACCGCUCCAGCCCAAGCAAGAUCGGGGCUCGUCCGAAUCCACCAAGUCCGGCAACAACGGCAACAGCCAAACCGGCACCGAUCAACAAUCCGCCGCAUCGGGCAACCGCUACCUCACUACCGAGGAGUCCGCCACCACGUACGCGGGGCAAAACGGGCUCGUCAUCGGGCGGCAGGACGCCUCGCUCGCCUCGGACGACAACCUCUUCGACGAGCUCAAGACGACCAAGUCCAGCUCGUGGCAGUACGAGAUCCGGCAGUUGGAGAAGCGGAAUCGCCUGCUGGCCGAAGAGGUACAGACGCUGCUUGCGGCGAAGAAGAAGCGCAAGCGGAGACGCGGUAAAGAUCAGCAAAAGGAUUGCGCGAAUUGUCACACGCGCGUCACGCCGGAAUGGCGCCGCGGACCGAGUGGGCAGAGGGAUUUGUGUAAUAGCUGUGGGCUUCGCUGGGCGAAGCUUGUGAGUUGCCUCUCGUUCCCAUACUCCCCGCGAAGGCAAACUAACUCUCGAACCAACCAGAACGGCCGCGUCUCCCCGCGCACCUCCUCCCAGCAUUCCGUCUACUCGGGCGGCGGCGCAAGCGACAAAGCGUCCAAGGCCUCCGCCUCGCCCUCCCAGCGCCCCUCGCAGCCUCACAUCAAAACCGAAUCCGCCAACCAGAACACCGGCGGCGGGCCUUCCUCCAUCGUCGCUACGCCCGGCACGGAGCCCAAGGAGUCGCCGGGCCCUUCGUACAAGCCGGCGGAGAACCAUUCGGCGCAGAUGGAGGGGGCGUCGGGGGUGCCGGACAAGAUUGACGAGGGGAUUGAGGAGCCGGAUUGAGUGGGGGGUCGUUGCGGAUGGGGUUGUUAAUUCUUUUUGUGUGAGAGGCUUUUCUGUGCGCCUACCUAAUUUCUUGUGGAUUGUUCUUUCUUUUUUGAUACCCUGGAACGGAACCACCUCUUCUGGAUUUUAGGAGGGGUUAUUUCCUUGGCGGUACAUAUGCACUCACGAAGACGAACGAUGAAGAAGACGGCGGUGCCGGUUGAUCACAUCCAGCUGCUCACUCUCUCACCUUCGAAUCGUUUCGGUCGAAUG